AUGGUUGUCCAGCUGAUGCUGACGGCAUACCCGGCGGCCGUGUCUCUUGAUUUUCCUGUCCGCCGUUUUGACCCUGUCCUCGUGGAGGCGCAUGGCCCCGGUUUCUCCGUCCUCUCCCUUCUCGAAUUCCUUUCCGCGAGCGAGACGUAUCAUUUUGAUGGUUGGGCUGUUGCGAUACUGGAGCCGGUUGGGACUGAGGAGGCGGCAGUUGCGUCUGUGUUGUCGCUUGACCCUCACCGCCAGAUGCAGGUCGUUGUUGUUGACCUUCACGGUUUGCGGAACCCCGCCCUCUGCGCCUAG